UUUUGGGAGUACCAAUACUGCACGGAGGUAAUUACAGAUUGUAUAGUGAAUAUUCGACUGCCAAUAUAAUAUAUGUACAUUGUACAGUGCUCUGGUUUAAUUCCAUAUUUGUGUAUAGGAAAAUACGAAAACAUAUACGUGGAACAGUUUCAAAAUUAUAUGUGUUAAAAUCAAAGUUGUGAAUGUGUAGUAGUAUUAAAAACUCAGACAGAUAGUGAACUAACUAUCUAAGAAGGGGCUCGACUGAUGACGGGUGUGUCGGCUUCGAGCUCCGAGGGACUUCGCACGUUUGAGAGACUUUAACACAAAUAAGGAUUCAGAAAAGAAUACAAGAUGGUGGACAAGAUGUCGCGGUACAGAUAUGCACCGCUACUGGUGUUCCAAAUAUUCCUGAUGAUCCUAUACAUACUGUUCACCACGUAUGGAGGUGCUGAAGAAGCCAAUAUUAAAGGCUUUGAAGACACACAUGUGAUGAUAUUCAUCGGUUUUGCGUAUCUCAUGACAUUCCUUAAGAAGUAUUGCUACAGCGCUCUCGGCUACAACUGGUUCUUAGCCGCAUUGGUUAUACAAUGGGCUUUACUCUGCCAAUCCUUCUUCCAUAUGAAGGAUAAUAUGAUUCAUAUUACUAAGAAAAGUUUAUUAGAGGCUGACAUUAUGUCCGCGACUGUCCUCAUCACGUUCGGAGCUUUACUGGGUCUUGCAAGCGGAACCCAGCUAUUGUUCAUAGCCAUCAUAGAAACAGCGGUCGGCUGCAUAAAUUUGUACCUAAUGGAGAGUGUUUAUAAGGUAACAGACAUAGGAGGAUCUAUAGGUAUUCACACGUAUGGUGCGUACUUCGGACUGGGAGUGAGCACUGCAUUUAGGUUAAGGAAGCCCACUGGCCCGGACGCGGCCGGCACUGAGCGCCUGGACGGGCCCACCUACAUCUCCGAUAUUACUGCUAUGCUUGGUUCAAUAUUCCUAUGGAUCUUCUGGCCAUCUUUCAACUCGGGCUUGGCGCAAACUGACGCCGAAGCACAACGAGCAGUUGUCAACACCUAUCUGUCUUUAGCUGCUGCUACGGUAACAACAUUCGUCCUCUCAGCAAUGGUGAGCCACAAGCCCGGCAAGCUGGAUAUGGUGCAUAUUCAGAACUCCACGCUUGCUGGUGGUGUGGGCGUGGGAGCCGUCGCCAACCUGUUCAUUGGGCCCGGAGUCGCUAUAGCCAUUGGUAUUGGUGCUGGUGUCAUCAGCGUUUUGGGCUACAGAUUUGUUACGCCAUUACUAGAAAAGAUCGGCAUCCAGGACACAUGUGGUGUGCACAACCUGCACGGUGCUCCUGGAGUAUACUCCGGUCUACUGUCAGCUCUCUUCGCAGCUAUCGCCACUGUCGACACGUAUGGCUCUGAGUACAGCAACAUCUUCAGUGCAGGGGCUGCGGAUGGCAGAUCAAGUUCAAUGCAAGCAGUAUACCAGUUGGUAGCCCUUGUAACUACGCUGGUACUGUCAUUCGGAACGGGAUUCAUUUCCGGUUUGAUAGCGAAAACGAAGUUGUUCGCGCCCCUAGAGGUGCACCAGCGAUACGACGACGAAGUGAACUGGGAACUGCCCUAACUUAACAUAACAAUGGCGUCUUUAUUCUGAAAGCUUUCAAUUGUAAACCUCAUGAUUAUCAAACAGUUCCGGAACAAAAAUAAAAAGGAAUAAGAAUGUGUUUUUUUUUUUUCGGGGUUACGACGAAAAUUUUGUUAAGAUUGUCAAUUGAAGAUACUGGAGGCCUAUUGGAAUACUUUUAAUGAAAUGUAUGUAGGUUUUUAAUUUUUUUAAUGGUAUAAGCCGGUAAACGAUUAGACAGAACACCUGAUGGUAAGCAAUCGCCGUUGCUCUUGGACACCCGAAACACCAGAGGCCUUACAAGUAAAGUUUUCUAAUAAUUAGCCAAAGGACAUAAGGAUCUGAUUCGUCAAGAAAACCUCUAUCAAUAGUCAGAACCAAGACAUACGCUUUCGGAGCGCUUUUGUCACAAGCCUAGAUAACCUAAGAUAUUUAGUUUGUAGGAAAGUUGUCACAUACAUAGGUUAGUGUUUUAUACUCUUUAAAAUUAUCAGUUUAGUUAAUUAUUACUUUUGUGAGACAUUCUACAUUAAUUAUUAUGUUUUUCGGCUUAUUCACGUAUUGAUUUGACGAGGAACUCGAAUAGUUUCAAGCCAUGCUUGCAUGCAAAGCUCAUAUUCAAGAGUAGCAUUUUGCGACAAAAUGGGCGGCGACUCGGCAGCACGACAGGAGCCGUGUCUCUCUGGUCGAGUUCCUCGUCAAAAAACUACGUAAGUAAGACAAAAAUCACAAUAAUUAGUUUAGUUAAUUAUUAAGGUAAAAAAUAAAAUUUGUAUUCAACCCAACAUCGAAUUUUGUGCGAAUGUCCACUAUACAAAUACCUCUAAGAUUAUAAUGCUCGUUGUAACCAUACAAGGAUUAAAGAGUCAAGGAUUUAAUGAGUUAAAGUAUGUACCAUAAUUGUGGGUUCUAUCAUGUAUGAACUAGUAUUUUAAAGAUCCUCGCAAUAUAACUUUUAAAGGCCCCAAAAAUCGAUGGUUUUAUGGCCAAAAAAUAAUACACAGAACAAGGGAUUUUAUAGCAAACACAUUUUCUGAGCAUCUGUGAGUUUCAUAUCGAUCUGAUAUAAUUUUCAAAAUGAAGAUAUUUUUAUGUAUCUAUGUUUUUAGUGUGUAAGAGUGUAUAUUGUAGUCAUAAGCUUUACGUUAUGUGAAUAUAAUAAUAAAUUGUUUAAGAAUAAA